CGCCCGCUGCGCAACCGCUGGGUUGCAGGGCCAUGGGUCUCAGUCCUGCCUCGACCCACCGCAAGCCCGCCCAAUCUGCCGCUUGACUGGAGGCCCAGGUGGCCACCAUGGGCCAGUGCUACUACAAUGAGACCAUCGGCUUUUUCUAUAAUAACAGCGGCAAGGAGCUCAGCCUUCACUGGCGCCCCAAAGAUGUGGUGGUGGUGGCCCUGGGGCUGACAGUCAGUGUGCUGGUAUUGCUGACCAACCUGCUGGUUAUUGCAGCCAUUGCCUCCAACCGACGCUUCCACCAGCCCAUAUACUACCUGCUUGGCAACUUGGCUGCAGCUGACCUCUUCGCUGGCAUGGCCUACCUCUUCCUCAUGUUCCAUACUGGCCCCCGCACCGCCAGGCUCUCCAUCAAAGGCUGGUUCCUGCGACAGGGCCUGCUGGACACCAGCCUCACGGCAUCGGUGGCCACGUUGCUGGCCAUUGCUGUGGAACGGCACCGCAGUGUGAUGGCUGUGCAGCUGCACAGCCGCUUGCCCCGGGGUCGUGUGGUCACACUCAUCGUGGGAGUGUGGGUGGCUGCGCUGGGUCUGGGGUUGCUGCCUGCACACUUCUGGCACUGCCUCUGUGACUUGGACAGCUGCUCACGAAUGGUGCCCCUGUUCAGCCGCUCCUACCUGGCUGUGUGGGCCCUAUCCAGCCUGCUUGUCUUCCUACUCAUGGUAGCCGUCUACACACGAAUUUUCUUCUUUGUGCGCAGACGGGUUGAACGCAUGGCAGAGCACGUCAGCUGCCAUCCCCGCUACCGAGAGACAACGCUCAGCCUAGUCAAGACAGUUGUCAUCAUUCUGGGGGCAUUUGUGGUGUGCUGGACACCGGGCCAGGUGGUGCUGCUCUUGGACGGUCUGGACUGUAAAUCCUGCAACGUUCUGGCUGUGGAGAAGUACUUCCUGCUCCUGGCCGAGGCCAACUCCCUGGUCAACGCGGUGGUGUACUCGUGCCGAGACGCUGAGAUGCGCCGUACCUUCCGCCGCCUUCUCUGUUGCACGUGUCUCCGCUGGUCGCACCACAAGUCUGCCCAUUAUUCAUCCUCUGCCCGGACAGGUGCCAGCACCCGGAUCAUGCUUCCUGAGAAUGGCCACCCACUGAUGGACUCCACCCUUUAGUACCUUGGACCGAGGCAGGAGGCAGGAGCUUCAGUGGCAGCCCACGGCCACUCGAAGAGCCCCUGAGUCAAGCCCGCCCAGCAGAUGCAUGGCUCUGCCCCAGGACACAGGGAUUCGGGGACAUCUCCAUGCACCUGGGGAGAGCAUCCAAAUGGGACUUGGCAAUCCGGCUCUCAAUCAUCUCAGGUUUUAGGGUUUUUAACAGACAUUUUCAUAUUUUUACUGUACAUCUCUGGCAUGUCUGUGGACUGCUGCUUCCUCCGUGGUGCUGUAACUGUUGAGAUAGAAGAGGUGAGAGCUGUCUCAGGUUAAUACCACCCACUGUUACAGGGUAGACCGAAGGGUACUGCCUUCCUGAGGCUACUGCCUUCCUGAGGCUACUGCCUUCCUGAGGCUACUGCCUUCCUGAGGCUACUGCCUUCCUGAGGCUACUGCCUUCCUGAGGCUACUGCCUUCCUGAGGCUACUGCCUUCCUGAGGCUACUGCCUUCCUGAGGCUACUGCCUUCCUGAGGCUACUUUCUGUUGUUCUGUUUUGCUUUUGAGACAGGAUCUCAUAUAGCCUAUGCUGGCCUUGAAUUCACUGUGUAACUGAGGAUGGCCUUGAACUCUUGAUGGUCCUGACUCCACUCCCAAGUGCUGUACGGAAGCUGAUUGCUCAGAAGCACUGAGCAGCCUGAGGGCUCACCUGCCUCCCCUUAGUUCGAGGGACCCGCAAUACAGAGCAAGCCUUUCUUUUUUUUUUUUUUUUUUUUUUAAAUAAGCAAAGGCGAGGUUUAUUAUGGAGAUCUAUUGCGGAGAUCUCUGGGCUGACAUGUAUCCUGCGCAGGAGACAGAGGUGUCGACCCAGAGCAAGCCUUUCCACUCUGAGGUACAGACCUGGGUUUUGGUUCAGUUUGGUUUGUUUUUGUUUUUCUGCUGGUUGGUUGGUGUUUUGCCAUUAAUUCAGUCAGUCUGUCCCAGUGUCCUGGAAUUAUCUAUUAUGACUCAGGGCUGCCAAGAAUCCUUCAACAUGGAAUCCCGUGGCCUAGGCUAGCCUUGAACUUGCUGUAUAGAUAGGCAGGUCUUGAAAUCCAUUGUCCUGCCUCAGAGUCCUGUAUGUCUCUUCCUGGAGUGUUACAAAUAUUCCUUUCCUUUUGCCUCUGUCCUGCCUCCAACUGUCCUAUCUCCUUCUCAAAGAACCUAGGUUGAUUUCCUGUUUGUGUAAUCCUGCUUUUCCUUCUGCUGGCCCCCAGACCCCCUUGCUUUUCGACUCAGAAUAUCACAGUGUACCCAGCCCAUCCUAGAACUUACCAUGCAGCUCAGGAUAACUUCAAAGUCGCAGCUGUCUUCCUGCCCUGGCUCCCUGGGUACUGGGAUGACAAGCUAUAUUGAAAUGCGGCCUGUGUCUGACUGUACAUCGUGGAAAAGCAUAGAUAUACCAGGAGGGACCAGGAAACUCCAUGAGGAAGGGGCCUGAGUGGAGCCUAGAAUUAAGUCACAAGCUUACCUGGACUCUCGCCUUCUGAGUCCCCCGAGACCUCAGAUAUGCCAGGCCUGAGGUCAGCCCCCUCCCUGCCUAGGAAGCCUCCUGUCAGGCAGUGUGAGCCGCUGUGAACUUGGUUCCCUGCUCCCUCUCACCAGAGAGGAGUCAGGGUUAUGCUCUCACCUCGGAUUCCCAUGCCGAAUAGCAGCAGGAAUUUGAAGCUCUGUCUUAUCUGAGGCCAAAUUCUUAAGGCAUUAAAGCAUCCAUUUCUAAAGAACUGAAAACACUUGUCUUUCUAUAGUAAAUGUUCUGGCUUUUCCCACUGCCGGGACCCUGCACACUCUAGGCUCGUUCCCCAGCACAGAUCUUCUGUCCUACGAACCGUGUCCAAAAGGAAAAAACAACAUAAAACUGAACUCUUCUAACCCUUCCACUAGAUUGUAGUGGGCCUUCGAGUUGGGGACCGAACCCAGGGCCUUUCGAGUGCUAAGCAAGCGCUCUACCACUGAGCUAAAUCCCCAACCCCUUGCCGGUUCUUCUUUUUCUCACCCUUUAUCCCCUGGUUUCACCCUGUCACUAGAUAGAUAAAAAAGGAGGGGAAAGGAUAUUGAGAUCUUUGAAUCUAAUUUCUUUCUUCCUGUUUCUUCUUUGAGCAGAGCCUCCUGACAAACCGCAGCCAAGCUCCCCACUCCCUACGGGGCUGUAGCAGUCGUACCUCAAAAAACGUUCCCAGAAUUCUAAACCCCACACAACCACAGAAACGGCAGCUGGCAAAACCUCAUGUUCCAAGGUGACAGCCCAUGAACUCCUGCAGCCAGGUGUCCAUGAAGGACAGCGUCCCUACCUCCUAGGAGGUCCAGGCCUACUGGACAUGGGUCACUUUGGGCAUGGAGGUAGCCAGUCAAAUCCUGACUUGAGGACCCCUGCUGGCCUUCAGAAGCCAGCUCUGCCUUACCUGACCUUAGUGGCUGUCCUCUGUCGGCCUCACCCAGACUCUUUCUGGGACUGAUCUUGUCAGCUUUUAUGUUUCCUUUUUCCAUCUCCACUUCUAAGAUUUAUGCGUUUUGUUUGUUUCUUUGAGAAAGGGACUCACUGGUUGGCUUCUAACUCAGGAGGAUCAGCCUGCCUCUGCCUCCUGAGAGCUGGGAUUAAAGGAGAGUGCCUAGCCAUCCACAGAUUUCUGCACUUGUGUGGAGGCUGAAGAUAAAUCAGAAGUCAUCCCUGAAGGCAAGACUGCCUUAGUCCAUAUAGCGGGGCCUCCAUCAAAGCCAGAGCUCACCAAUACAGCUAGUGUCAGUGGCCAGUGUGUCCUGGGCAAUCCCGUCUGCCCACAGGUCAGUCCGCCUCCCCACCCCUGUGUUUCUGUGGAUCUGUGAGGGUCUGAAUUCUGGUCUUCACACCUGAGCAGCAAGCACUUUAAGAAGUGCUGAGUCAUUGCCCCACCCCAGCUUUUCCUUCUUGACUGCUCUGCUGGGUGGCAUUUUUGUCUCUUUUAGACCAUUUUUGUCUCUUUUAGGUCAUUGGAACGUACAGUCAUCUCCCUCCUCCCAGAUCAGGCCUGUGCAGUGCUGUGCCUCUGUCUGACCUUUUGUACAAGGCCCCACUGUGGGCCCACCUUUGAGGGUUCUAUUACUUCCUGUGGCUGGGGCUUAAGCAUUUGAAUUUCUUGACUGGGCGAGGUCUCCUCCCCCAUACCCUCCCACACACUUGCUGCUUGAGUUUCCUCUUCAGUAACAACAGAAGGAAGACUGACUUCCCAGCUGUGCUGACCCUUCAAGCCUUCACCUGAAUUCUGUCUCUAAGCAAACAUUCUGGGAGACUCUGUGACUGGAGAGGGAUUUGUGUCCUUUUUUUUCCCCCUCCUUUUGAGACAUCCCAAGCAAGAGAGACAAAAGGCCGGGGAGAGUUCUUUGCCUUGAGAUACCCCAGAGGGUUGGUAUUCAGCAAAGUCUCCAUUCUUCAGCCAUGUACUAGCAUUUGCUAGAUGUGGAAUUCUGGGGUCCAAAGGAGUGACUGGGUCCAAGGACACCAGCAGGUGAGGGGCUUCCUACCGAGCCUGGUGACAAAAGUCCAAUCCCUGGACUCAUGGGAGGGAAGACCACCCAAGUCUUGAAAAUUAUUCUCUGCCCUCCACAUAUGCUCUAUGGUGUGCGCACACACACAUACACAUACACACACACGCACACAUGCACGCAUGCAUGGACGCCUACAUGCAUGCACACGCAGACACAGUGCACACACACAGAGGAUGAUGAAAUUUCUAAAAGAACAGGUUGAGGUCACCUACGCUGGAUCUUGCUAAAGCAAUACAUAGAGUUGACUUCUCCAGUGUAGAAAAGUACUAGGUUCUAGCUUCCUUCCUGCCAUCCACACAAGUCUAUACCUUUCAUCUGCCCCCUCAGCCUCAUAAAAGGGAAACGGUUUAGAGAAAGACAUGGUUGUAGGGAUAUUCUUUUUGUGCACUGUGUAAAGAAUGUCUUUGUUUUAUUGAGAUGCUGAUUUUUGUAAACGCUCUCUCCCCUUCUGGCUGGUUUUAAUGAAAAGCUUUAAAAAUAAAAUAAAAAUAAUAAAAUAAAAUAAAAGCUUUAAAAAUAGA